GUCUAUUAUGUUUUGGGAAUCUUUCGAGGCACUUUGCUAAUUAAACUCCCAAUCAUCUGCGGUUGAUCUCAUUGAUUCUCAAUGCCCUCUCUGCUCGCUUCCAUGGCUUCUCUACCAGCUUCCACCAAAACUGCCUCAGAAAACCCUCAUGUUCUUGCAAAGCUCCAUGAUCAUUCUCACCAGUCAAACGUAGUUUCCCGAAAUAUUUCGUUUUCGGGACUCGGGUUUUUUAAUUCACAGCACAAGCCACUAAGAGAAAUCAGAAUUUUGGGAAGUUCUAAUCACAAUGAAGCCUUGGUUGAUUCUACAGCUCCGAUAUCGGAUGUUCCACUAUUGUCUUGUUUAGAGGCUAUUGAAAGGCUAAAAACAAGCCGAGAAACGCAAAAGGGCAAGCAGCAAUUCCUAGCCAUGUACUCGAGCAUUUUUUGUGGAAUAACGACAGAUCCAGCAGCUAUGGUAAUCCCCAUUGAUGAUCACAUGGUCCACAGAGGGCACGGUGUUUUUGAUACUGCAGCUAUAAUGGACGGAUACCUCUACGAGCUAGACCAACACCUUGACCGGAUUUUAAGGUCUGCAUCUAUGGCCAAAAUUAAACUCCCAUAUGAUCGGGAAAGAAUAAGAAGAAUACUGAUACAAACUGUGAGUGCUUCCAAGUGUAGAAAAGGAUCUUUGAGAUACUGGCUCUCUGCAGGACCGAGCGAUUUCCAACUAUCCCCAUCUGGCUGCCAUCAACCAGCUCUUUAUGCUGUUGUAAUCCAAGAUCAAUCACCAUUUGAUUCAAAGGGUGUUAAAGUAAUAACUUCAUCAGUCCCGAUUAAACCCCCACAAUUUGCUACCGUGAAAAGUGUGAAUUACCUUCCAAAUGUGCUUUCAAGGAUGGAGGCAGAGGAAAAUGGUGCAUAUGCAGCUAUUUGGCUAGAUGGUGAAGGGUUAGUUGCUGAAGGGCCUAACAUGAACGUGGCUUUUGUUUCAAAAGACAAGGAACUUCUCAUGCCUAACUUUGACAACAUUCUAAGUGGGUGCACAGCUAAGAGGGUAUUGACUCUUGCGAACGAACUAGUUAGGGAAGGUAAGCUUCAAGGAGUAAAUGUAAGAAAUGUGACUGUAGAUGAAGGGAAGAAAUCCAAUGAGAUGAUGCUCAUUGGCAGUGGAGUUCUUGUUCGGCCUGUAAUCCAGUGGGAUGAGCAGGUCAUUGGUGAUGGUAUGUAUGUUGUUGGAGACAUAAUUUCCUUGCAAAAAUAGUUACCAGAAGCAUCAGAAGGCACUGUCCAGUGCAGGCAAAGAAGGUCCUGUGGCUCUCAUUCUCUUGAGUCUCAUCAUUGAGGACAUGAAAUCUGGUCCCCCUACGGUCCGAGUUCCUGUUCCCUACUAAGCUUGCUUGAUUCCUUCUCUGUGUUACGUGACACAGCUUCGCAUUAGGGCUCAAUCCAUCAUGGUUGGGAACCGUGGAGUUGUGUCAUUUUCAACCUUCGCUGAGUGAUCCAUCGUGCUUUCUACAAAUAAGUGCUUUAAAUUCUUGACGUAUGCCCAUUAUCUCCACUACAGAAAGGCAGGCAAUGUCAUGCUUGAUGACGGUCUAUCUAUUUGGUCUUGUACUAAAGAAAUGUAACAGUAAGCUUCGAUAACAGGUUGGUGUGGAUGAAUGCAUGAUACAAUGUUAAAAAUUCCUCUCAGGUGGCCGUGUCUUGUGUUUACAUCUUCUAGGAACAACAACUAUGCGGAUUGUACUAAUUUCUUUAAAUUUGCAAUCUGAGCUACGGAGUUCAUGCAAAAGUGUUUCUGAAUGAAGAGAUUUCAUAAUUCCUUC